GAACCAUCUGAACAUAGAAUAGCGCGGCUUUAAAACGUGUCGUAUCUAGCUCAUUUGAAAUACGCACUGGUUCCAGCGAUCAGGUUGUCUAAGCCUCACGCUUAUAAAUUUGCAAAUUGCUCUUGAUUUCUCUCAUCAUUGAAUGUAAGCGCAUUUUCAGUCUUUGGCUCACUUUAUUUCGUUGUUUUCUCUUCCAAAUUUUCUCACUGUAAUAUAGUAAAAGUACCUUCGUGCCAGAGGUGAAUAUACUGGAGGCUUGAAGUCGCACGUAUUUUGGUCACAUGUUGAAGCAGAAAGAAGAUGUACUUCUCAUGGUUAAGCAUGUACGGUAUAAGAAAGUAGAUGGGACCCUGUAUGUUAACUCAGGAAGAGUGGCUUGGCGUAACCAAACAUCUGAUAGUUUUCGCAUCAGUGCGAAAUUUGAAGAUAUUAGAAUACAGCGUAUUAGUCCGGACCAAAAGGAAAAAGUCCAGCUCCAGUUAUUAAUGCAUAGUGGGGAGUCUUUCACUUUCCAGUUUUCGGAUCCUGGAGGCAGGGAGAAGCAACUUGAAAUGCGUAACAACGUGAAAGCAAUGCUACAAAACUUGCUACCCAAAUUUAAAGACAAGAUUGUUAGGGUUUGCUGUGCAACGCGUCGCUUUAGAAGUUUUUUAAUGAGAAGUUGGAGAAAUACUAACAAUAAUUUUCGCAUGGUGAACUGGACCGGGAAUCUUUAGAGUUCUGCGUGAAAGCGACUCUGGUCGACAUCCCUACGUGCUCAAGCCGAAUUAAAGGAAAAAUUUCGACUCCUCGAAUCAAACCCUGAGAUUUUGGCCUUAUACAAAGAAUUAGUUGUUAGUGGUAUACUUAGCUCGGAAGAGUUUUGGGCUCGACCAGAAUUUUCUCAUAAUAACUUUAAUUCAUCCCAGUGUCUGAAUAAUUCCACAGCUAAUAACAAAGCUUCUGGAACUACUGGGACAUCAGAAGCAACUCCUAACAAUGCAAAUAUGUUAUCUCAUAAUAAUCCGUCAAAUGGUCCUACUAGUCAGAUUUCACGAAGUUUCCAGUUAGACGACCGGCCUCAAGUUAUUGGAGUCCCCAGUUGUCUUUUGAGCGAUAUCAAGCCUGAAGCAGAUGGUGCCAAUGGAAUAAAAUACAACCUUACUCACGAAACAAUCAAUGCAAUAUUCCGAGCCUACCCUACUGUACGUGAUAAACAUCGAGAAAUGGUCCCUGAUAAAUUAUCUGAAGCUGACUUCUGGAUAAAGUUUUUUCAGUCUCAUUAUUUCCACCGUGACCGUGUUCACCUUCCGAAAAAUGAUAUAUUUGCUGAUUGCGCUGGUAUUGAUGAUAAACUUUUACUCAGUGAUAUACGGAAAUCAAGAGUCAACCGAAAUAAUGUCCAUCUUGAUUUACCUAAUCUUACCGAUUACGAUAUAGGACAAGGUUAUGGAAUCGAUCAAAUAUCUGGUCCGACAAAAAUAAAGUCAGCUGACUCAGUCUCGCAUCAGAGUGUAGAGAAUACAUUGAACGAACCUGCAAUCCCGAGCAAUUUAUCAGCAAAUCAGUUGUUACUUCGUCGUUUCAACAAUCAUUCGAUACUCGUUUUGAAAUCUCUUAGUUCAAAUGACGCAUCUUCAUCAACCAAUAAUGCAUCUCAAAAUCCGAAAGAUGUGCUUAACUCUUGUCCUUUAAAAGACCGCGUGUACGUUAAAGAGCUGGUAGAAGAUCAAAAUCCUACAGAAAUCCAGUUAGACCUAACUUGUGUAACUGACUAUCUGGAGGGUCCUACCCCUAGCAUAGUUGGUAAAGCUACAAAGUUAAUGGAUCCAUUAUCAGUUACCCGGCAAACAGAUACUUCGUUUUAUGGAUUACAACUAGAGCAGUCAGUAAAGAAAUGUAAGAAUUUGAUGGUAGCUGCUUAUCACAUGGGGAAAAAGCCGGGCGUAUCACUUUUAACUGCACUUGAAUCUCAACAAGCACUAGCAGAUGUCUCACCUGGUGGUUGUCUCAUCGGCGGUAAACUUAAUAGUGAACGCACGAAACCAUGUGACUUAACUAGUGAUCAAUCAUCCUUACGUUUGUUCGAACCAGGGAGAAACAGUCGUAUUUCGAACUCUCCGAAAGUCUCUGAUGAACACCAUGCUGGUGACGAUGUCGAUCGUGGCCCGCCACUACUCACACCAGAACAGGUUAAAGAUUUGUCACUUUUAUAUUCUAGUGCCGCUGAACUCUUAAGACACUUCUGGGCAUGUUUCCCUGUAACAACCCCACAACUAGCUGAUAAGUUAGAUCGUGUUGCUGCUAGUCUCGUUCGUUUUCGUACAACCAAGGUAACCCACUUCGCCGCUGGUGUUGAUCCAUCGUUGAGGACUAAGUCAGACACAUAUUCUUCUGAUUCAUCUGAGCAUCUACCUAACACAGGAAAUCCUGGGCCUAUUUCUUACCGUUCAAGUGUGACUAGUCACCUGGAAUCGAUGCUGGACUCCGCUCAAAAGAAGUAUUCUGAAUGGAAAACUCGGCAUACGUAAUAAUGUAGAUAUCUGUACAGAUCAAAUUUUUUAAGCAUUUUGUUUGAAAUUUUCUGUCUCCAUUCCUGGUAAUUCACUACUCUAAAUAAUUAGUUUCGUGACAUCAUGCUAAACUGUAUAUAUUUACUGUUCGGAUAUUAUUUGAAAAAUUAAUUGACAGAUUUUUCGUAACGACUUUUAGAUUCCUUUGUUUUUUGGAGGUUCUUUUUAUUAACUCUGGUAAUGUGAAUGGCGAAAAUAAGUUAAGGAUAAAGUGAUCCCAUCAAAACAAAAGAGUAAAUUUUGAGAUGGAAUCACUUCAGUUAAGUAUCUUCAUAUUAAAGUGAGAAAUAAUACCAAACUCUUAUUGUUUCAGAGAUUCGCAAAUUAUGUUGGGUAAGAGUUUUUAAUGUUGUUAAGUGUACUAUAAUAUCUUUAGUUUAUUAAAUCAAAUAUGAAUAAAAUAUUGUUUAAAUAUCAAGGAGAUUUUGCACCUUGUAGGUGUUACGAGAAAUAACCGAUUGUCAAAUUUUCUCCUUCAGACGCUUAUUUUAUUAGCGCUAACAAACAGGGUUAUCAUACUUAGGCCUUAGGGUAUAAAUAUUCAGUGUUGAAUAUCAAGAUAAGGUCAAGCAUCGAUCUAAUUUUAAUCCAUUCAUACAUAAGGAAAUAUGGUGUUCACAUCUACAGAUAGCUCAGACCAUGGAGGGUUGUUUCUUAUUAUUAUCAAGACAUUUCGUAGUGAAUAAGAUAUCUAAUUAUCUUUCUGGUCUGUAUCUACAGUUUUUAAACAAGUCUGGAUCACAAUGUGGCACAUUUGAAAGUGUGAAGAAUAAUAGUAAUCACUGAAAAUGCCCAGUUAGGUAAAGCGGAUACUUAAACUUGUUUUUACUUGCAUUCUAUGUUGCAUACCAAAUGAGAUGUAAAGACAAUGUCAGAUGGUAGGGCUUAUCUUUAACAAUAAAACGCUUCUGAUCAACUGGUUAUCAAUACGUUUUCCACGAUAUUUUACUUCGUACGUAUAAUUUUCUCAUCAUUUCAUUGAAAAGUUAUUCGAUAUUAAAUAAAUUUAAAAAUAUUAAGCCACUGAAAA